AAGGGGAGUGGGGACGCCGUACUGUCUCCCUUGCGCGCUGGCUUUAGGAAAGUGGCGAGGAACAAGGUCUGCGCGGGGCAGAGCGCUGCAGCGGCCGGAGAAUCGGUUCUCCGCGCGCCCGGUGUGGUUGCAGCUGAAGGGGCUUUCUCGCCAGUCCGGCAUUUCCAGGGUCCGGCGGGCCCUGCUGGGAUCUGGGACUGCAGGACGGACGACGCGAGAAGACGGUUCGCUCUUAGGAAGAGUCGAUGCGUUGUCCGAUCGGAGCCCUUCCUUGCGGUGUCGCAAGGUGAAGCAAUCUCGGUACGCCCGGCGGCAAAAAAAGCCAGACAGGAGGGUCCUCAAUGGAGCGUCACUCCAGUUUCUUCUUCAUCUGGCUACAACUGGAGCUGUGCGCCAUAGCCAUCCUAUUGACCAAAGGUGAAAUCAGAUGCUACUGUGAUGCUGCACAUUGUGUUGCAACAGGCUAUAUGUGCAAAUCGGAGCUCAGUGCUUGCUUCUCUAGACUGCUUGACCCACAAAACAGCCAUUCUCCACUGACUCAUGGUUGCUUGGACUCCUUUGCAAGCACCCUGGAUAUUUGUCAAGUUGACAUAGCCCAAAACCACUCUGGCACUGCCAUACCCACGCUGGAGUGUUGCCAUGAGGAUAUGUGCAAUUACAGAGGCCUCUAUGAUGUUCUGUCUACUUCCAGAGGUGACCCAUUGGGACAAGGGAGCAGAUACCAACACGACAACAGCCGAAACCUCCUCACUAAAGUUCAGGAGCUUACCUCCUCAAAGGAAUUGUGGUUCAGGGCUGCUGUCAUUGCUGUCCCCAUCGCAGGUGGACUGAUCUUGGUGCUUCUCAUCAUGCUAGCAUUGCGUAUGCUCAGAAGCGAAAACAAACAACUGCAGGACCAGCGGCAACAGAUGCUCUCAAGAUUACACUACAGCUUCCAUGGACAUCAUUCCAAAAAAGGACAAAUGGCCAAGCUAGACUUGGAAUGCAUGGUGCCUGUCACUGGUCUUGAGAACUGUUGCAUGACCUGUGAGAAGAUGCGACAGCCGGAUCUCAGUAAUGACAGAAUACUUUCACUAGUCCACUGGGGCAUGUAUGGAGGGCACGGAAAGCUGGAAUUUGUGUGAUCACUUCUUUUUUGCUUUUUUAAAAUAUCAAUAUAUAUAUACAUAUAUAUAUAUAUAAAUGUUGUCCUUUAAAUUACUAGGAUUUUUUUUUUCAAAGGCUGUUGGGUUCUGCUGGACAGGAGCACUUUAUAUGGGGUUGGCAGGGAAGCCUACAGUCAUUAGUCAAAAGAAGAAGAAAAAAAGGACGUCUGCAGAUGGAACAUUGGAUUUGUCUUCUGAAGGAUUCCAAAAGAGAUCUUAUUUGCACAGAGUAAAUACACCUGAUGUAUUGUUUGUUUUUAACAUUAUGAAAGCCAAUUUGAGAACUUGUACAUGCUGUUACCACAGUUGUCUGAGCUGUAGGGAAAUGGGGGAAUAAUUAUACUAUUAAAUGGUAUGCACAUUCUGAUGU